UGCCUGCCUUGCUUGGCCCUCCUCCUCCCUCCAUCUCUCCCAGGCAGAGAGACAGAAAGACACACACACACACACACAGAGGAGCCCAGUGCAGCAGCAGCACCAGCAGCAAGAGCAGGAGCCAAGGCAGAGGAGGGUCGGGGUCUUCCUCCUCCUCCUGGCAGCAGCAGCAGCGCCCAUGUGUGCCUGGGCCAGACCAGGGGCUGCAGCUGUCGUUGAGGAGGAAGGAUCAAGCCAAAAACUCUUGGCUGCACCAGGAACUUUACUCUCAGUGAGUAAAGGACCAAAUGUGAUGGCUCUUACAGAACUUGUCAUUGGACUGAGGAGUUACCAGAACUAAGGGCUUUUGGAUUAUCUCCUCCUCCUAACCUGGAUUGCACACCAAGAAUCGUAUCCUGGACUCCCGUUUUGUCACAGUGAGUCGCCAUGGGUGGCAAAAUGGCAUCGAGCCUUACUUGCACAGGAGUGAUAUGGGCAUUUUUUUCUUUCGUCUGUGCCGGCAUCUCCUGUGUGGGAUUCUUCAUGCCUUACUGGCUGCUGGGGUCUCAGCUGGAGAAGCCGGUGUCCUUUGGCACUUUCCGGAGAUGUUCCUAUCCUGUCCGAGAUGAGAGCCGCCAGAUCACGGUGAUGGUGGAGCAGUGUGGACGCUAUGCAUCUUUCCAGGCCAUUCCAAGCGUGGAAUGGAGGAUCUGCACUGUGGUGACGGGGCUGGGCUGUGGUCUUCUCCUUCUGGUGGCCCUCACCGCACUCAUGGGAUGCUGUGUGUCUGAGCUUAUCUCCAGGACUGUGGGCAGGGUGGCUGGAGGCAUCCAAUUCUUGGGUGGUUUAUUAAUUGGUUCUGGCUGUGCUCUUUAUCCUCUGGGCUGGGACAGUGAAGAAGUCCGGCAGACCUGUGGUAACCUUUCCAACCAGUUCGAACUGGGCACCUGUGAAAUUGGCUGGGCUUACUACUGUACUGGAGGAGGAGCUGCGGCGGCAAUGCUGAUCUGCACUUGGCUGGCUUGUUUCUCUGGCAAGAAACAAAAGCAGUAUCCUUACUGAGGCCAGAAAGACCUGAAACAAAAUGAACUCGUUUUGGAAAGUGAGGGGGGAGGGAAUGAAAAGCGUGUGCAAGCCUUCUUGGAAAGGUGCACUAGCUCUUCAUUAUAGCCAGUUCAAUACAAACAAGGGUCAAUGAUUUGGGAGUUGAUGUGUGACACUGUGAAUAGCAGGGUUUUCUGUAUCUUAGGGGUAUAAGCCACAUGGAGCUUAGGCUCUUACCAUUAUUAUUCUUAGCGUAUUUUUGUCUUAUAAAACAACAGGAAACAUCCCCUGUCUGAGGAGAAAGAAAGUGGCAGGAUUUUUUUUCAGCAGACCAUCAGUUCAAUGGAUUAAAUAUAUGUAUACUGGGUCCUUAGUUUCCGCUGGGGUUUGGUUCCAGGACUCCUCAUGGAUACCAAAAUCGGUGGAUGCUCAAGUCCCAUUAAGUACAAUGGAUAGUAAAAUGGUGACCUUUAAAUAAAAUGGCAAAAUCAAGCUUUGUUUUUUGCAAUUUAGAUUUUUUUUUAAUACUUUCAAGCCAUGGAUGCUUGAAUCCAUGGAUAAAGAAUCCGUGGAUAUGAAGGGCUGACUGUAUAUAUACACCACACUGAAGGUUAAGGAUGUAACCUUAAAAGGAUUGUUUGACUUGUCAGCAAACCUGAGAUAAAGAGGGCAUUUCUUAACAGUUUUAUUACUCACUUGGACAGGAGCAAGCACUGUUUUCCCACAAACAAUUGGCCACUUAAGCUCACAGCUGGGGCGGCUUCUGUUUGUGUGUAUGUAUGGAGAGAGCACCUAUUUUCAGGCCUUAAAAGUAUUAGCCUCGAGAGGCUCCCGCAAUCUGAUGGUUGGCUCCCAUUUGGAGUUUUAACCUAACAAACUCAAUAUGAAAGAGGCAAAUGUUCUCUUUCCAUAUGAGACUCCAGAAAGCACAUCUGCCUACCUUUGCACAGACACUUUUCUUUCAUAGACAUAUAAAAAACAGUCGCCUCACAAUUAAACACAGCCUCCAAAGUUCAACCAAAUCUGAUGAGUCUGCCUGUUGGUGUACCACAGAGCAGCCUGGAUAUCAGUUCACAGUGGAAGGCAUUGUUACUCAGGCAAAUGGCAAAGGCUAACAUAGUCUGUUCACCUUCAUCUAAAAAAAGCACAAAAAUCCAGCAAUCAUGCCCCCCCUUAAAAAUGCCAGCUCAGUCCUUCACAUGCACAUAGGUUCAAACACCAUUUCACAAACCAAUCAGUGUAGCACAAGUACCUCCCAUUUCUGACAUGAAAAGCAAUUUUUUCAUGGGCAAUUUGAAGGGCAAGGGAAUUCGAAAACACUCCCUCUCACAUUUUAACUCCUGAAUGCCUCCUUGGGGAGCAGAUCUUCAUGCCAAAAAAGGGAUGUUAAGUUACCCUUGCCGAUUGCAUUUACAUAAUUGUAUAAUUGUGAUUCGGCCUAUGCCUUUCAUACUUGGCAUCACAUCAUACAACGGUGCAAAUAUAUGUACCUCUUCCCCCCAUAUAGCAAGCAAUUCCCCUUUUCAACACCUGCAUUGUUCCUUCAGACUAACACACAUACACAGAUCACCUGUUCCUAACCUCUAAGCAUGGUAUAUGCACAUGCACACAUUUUCCACUACACUUUUGUCUUCCCCUUCAGAUUUAUUUUUAUUUCUGUACUAUCCUCUACAAAAUAUCCCUUUUCCCAUUUGUUCCUCAGAUGAAUAACAAGGAACAAAUACUUCCAGCUGCUUGUUUUUUCAACAAGUGGCUUCAAAAUGUUCAUGUGAAGCAGGAAAGGUGGACAUGGACUACUUCCUCUCUAGCCACUCUUUCUUGUGGAGGGGAAACAUGUGUUUUGUCUGCUGCAAGGGACAUGUUCACCUUUCCAUGUGUACUGUCUUGUUUUUGCACAAGACUAAAAAAAUGGAAACAAAAGCACAUUAUUCCAGUUUAUUUGGUUAUUCAGUUGGAUUUUUUUUGCAACCACUGUAAUUCAAUCAUUCAGUUCUAUUUGUUUGAGAUCAAUAACUCCUAUGUAUUCUCAUCACUCCUUCAUCUUAGAAACUCAGCAAAAAAAAAAGUACUGUGGAACAAAGCAAUUGCAAUGAAUACUCUGUGCACUUCUUUCUUUUUUGCUAAUUAUUUUAUUUGAAUUUCAGUAUUAUGCCAUAUUUUAAACUAAAAACCUAAUGGACCAUUUUUCAGUAUUUUAUAUAAUCUGUGUACACGUGUUCUUGAAUUUUAUUAACGGCCUUUCAGACCUAUAUAAAUUUUAUUAUCAAUGUUUUUGAGAUUAUUACAAAAAUGCAAUAUUUUACUCAGCAUAUGUAGCCUUUUAGAUAAAGCAUUCCUAUGAAGGGCAAUGAACGGACAAUUCUGUCCCUUGAGAAUUGUGUGUGUGUGUGGCACAGUAGAGUAAUACUACUUAUGCAAGAGCAAUGACGGACAUCUUCCAAGUUUUGUUAUUAAUACUGCUAGGUAAUUGUUGUUGUAUUGUGCUGUAUUGUUAUUUUAAUAUUCACCUUUGUAAUGUAAUCUAUAAUAGACUAUUUUGUUUGUACUUUAGAAUCUGUGUAAAUAAAUGUCUUAUGAUAGUUCAACUGUAUUUUAAAUCUUUUUUUCUCCCUUCAGUGCCUAUGACAAGGGUGGGGAAAGAACCGAUCUUCCAACUUUUUGGUCUACAGUUCCCAUUAGCCCCACUGACCAUGGCCAGUGCUCAGGGUUGUGGCAGUUGUAGUACAAAGCCUCUGGGGUG